GCCCUGUGGAGCCUAGGCUCACUCCUUGCCAGCUCUUCCCCAAGAUCGGAGGCUGAGGCAUACAGGCAGCAUCCCUCCCACCACCCACCCAUCUUGGAAGCAAGGAUUCCUGCAGAGAGCCUCACCCAAGGCUGCGCUGCCUAGGGCUCUGAAGAGAACAAUGCUAAAAGAAAUGUAUUUCCUUGGAUGGAGAUGAAGGUAUAUUAAUCAAGUGUGAGAGCUCCAUUUGUGGAUAUGCAGGGCAAUGCAACAGUUAACUGCCCUUGAAUGGAUGUUAGCUGAAUGGGAUCAACAUUUCAUGUAAUUAAUUUUCUGAAAUUAAGGAUUUGGAAAAGACUUUUGUAAAGAUGACCCAUUUACAUGCUGGACUCAGUCCAGAGACUAUAGAGAAAGCCCGUCUGGAACUCAAUGAAAACCCAGAUGUUUUACACCAGGAUAUCCAACAAGUCAGGGACAUGAUCAUCACAAGGCCUGACAUUGGAUUUUUACGUACAGAUGAUGCCUUCAUCUUGAGAUUUCUUCGAGCCAGAAAGUUUCACCAAACAGAUGCCUUCAGGUUACUGGCUCAAUACUUCCAGUACCGUCAAUUGAAUCUAGAUAUGUUCAAAAAUUUCAAGGCUGAUGAUCCAGGCAUCAAGCGAGCCCUGAUUGAUGGAUUCCCAGGAGUGCUGGAAAAUCGUGAUCAUUAUGGCAGGAAGAUACUUCUGCUCUUUGCAGCCAACUGGGAUCAGAGUAGGAAUUCUUUUGUAGACAUUUUACGGGCUAUUCUGUUGUCCUUAGAAGUUCUAAUUGAAGAUCAAGAACUUCAGAUAAAUGGCUUCAUUCUAAUUAUAGACUGGAGUAAUUUCUCCUUCAAGCAAGCCUCCAAAUUAACACCAUCUAUCCUCCGACUGGCCAUUGAAGGGUUACAGGACAGCUUUCCUGCGCGCUUUGGGGGAGUCCAUUUUGUGAAUCAGCCUUGGUACAUCCAUGCCCUGUACACACUCAUCAAGCCUUUCCUCAAAGACAAGACAAGAAAAAGGAUUUUUCUUCAUGGUAACAAUCUGAAUAGUCUUCACCAGCUUAUACACCCUGACUGCCUGCCCUCAGAAUUUGGAGGGACGCUUCCUCCUUAUGACAUGGGCACUUGGGCUCGGACAUUACUUGGUCCAGACUACAGUGAUGAAAAUGACUACACUCACACAUCCUACAAUACCAUGCAUGUGACACAUUCAUCUUCCACUCUGGAGAGAGAAUGCUCACCCAAACUCAUGAAAAGGUCUCAGUCAGUGGUGGAGCCUGGAAUGCUGAAACACGAGGAACAAAAUGAGAACACCCAGCCACUGCUCGCUCUAGACUGAGUCUGAAUUUAUUGUGACACACAAAUGCAUCAUCAGACUUUAAUGGUACAAAAAGCCCAUGAAGAAAAGACAAGUUUAAUACACAUCAACACACAUUCAGCUUGAAAGCCAAGCUCUCCAUCUUUGCAGAGCAAGCAAUGAUCAUCACCAGCCAUAUGUCCAUGUGGCCAAAGCCAAAGAGGAGAUUCCUCAUGGCCCAGAGUUCUAACCUAAUAAGUCUGAUUGUAAAAGAGAAUUCUUUCUCCCCCCCCCCUUUUCCUUUCAUGAUGUAUUAAUAUUAAGAAUGGUUGACAUUUGAGGGGGGGGCACUACUUUCUGUGAUCACAUACUCAAGAUGCAUCCUUUGAGGUUUUCCAGUAUUGCUUAAAGCAGGGUUUGUUAAAAGAUAGAUGGAGUGUGGGAAGGAAAGGGAAAUGAAGUGGAAGGUAUCUUGAAUUUAUUAUUGUAACCACAGGCUUCACUGACUGCAGGGAAGCCCUAGUGGCUGAGGAGCAUGGGAUUCUGUUGGCAGCAUAUCUGGAAUGCACCAGGUUGGGGAAGGCUAAAUUACAUCUUAAUACAAUUCCCUCCAUCCAUUUUCUCUACUUCCCUGGGUUUCUUUUUUGUAUAAAUAAAGAAAUAAUGCUAGGUAAUCACCAGCAGAAAUUUGUUCAGUUCUACAGUAUGUGAACUUAUCACCUUAGCUCUUUCUAGGGAUCAUUUAUUUCAGUGCAGUGGGGUGGGGUGGGGCAGCAAUUCUUAACUUUUGAAAGACCUCAUGACCUGUCUGCUCAAUGUGAUGAGCAGAUUGGGAAACAGACACAGCCAAUUUGGAAAGCAGUUAUUUAAUUUUAACAAUAUGGAUUGUCCUCUACGCCUACCACCCCACAGGCAACUGCAAACUGCAGUAG